GUCGUAGUUAAUAAUGGCGCCGUCCUGUUGUGUACAUCUGUGGACAAGGGCAAGCUUCGCAGUUACUGUCAGUGCUGAUUUCACAUGUGAGAACCAAACAUGGCGAGGUUUCUGAGGCCUAACAUCAGGAGUUUUGUCACCUCACAGCUGAGAAUGUCAUCCGACCAGCUGGGUGAGCUGGGUAAAGGUGCAGGAAAAGGUGGUGGAGGAGGAGGAUCCAUCAGAGAGGCAGGUGGCGCCAUGGGCAAGAAGCAGGCGGCUGAGGAGGAGAUGUACUUCAAGCGUAAGGAGCAGGAACAGCUGGCUGCGUUGAAGCAGCACCACCAGGAGGAAAUUGAUCACCACAAAAAGGAGAUUGAACGUCUGCAGCGCGAGAUUGACCGCCACAAGGGAAAGAUCAGGAAGCUGAAGCACGACGACUGAGUGAAAGUUGCCAUUUUCUCACCAUCCCAGUCCAACACCUUUAGUAUCUCAGAUUGCUGCAUGCACUGUGUCAUCGGGCCAGUCAUGAAUGUGUGGGUGAUUGUUCUGUAAAUGCUUGAAAGUUAUUAAAGCUGUUCAUAAAAUGA